AUGGGCCUAGCGGCUGUGCUGCAGAACUUCAGGACGAGCUGCACGUGCUCUUACGACAGAAGGAGCUCUUGGAAUCGCACUUGGCGAAAACGCAAGCGCUUAGCUCCCAGCCUGUUCCCGAGACACGGGCUGAUGAACCCGUACUCCUCCGUGUAUACCAAGCCCGCAGAAUAUGGAAGUGCCAACUGGCAAGAACGGAUGUUUGAACCGAUGACAUGCCGACUGCUCAUUCUGAGCACGGCACAGCUUGCCCUCUUGGUUCUCAUGCCUUGGGCCAUCUUUGCGUCACUCAGUUGGGGGCUGAUGUCACUGGCAGUCUAUCUGUAUCCAUGGUUAAGCCACGUAAUGAUUGUCGGCACAGCGAUGCUGGUGCUCCUCACAGUGGUGGCAGCAUUACUCUCCAGAGGACGGUGGCUGAAAAAGGGCGGCAGGGAAGACAAUCAUCCCCGUUUCAUGCGGGGCUAUGCAUGGUGGGCGGCACUCGCAGUACUGUCCUUGAUCGCCUUCGUUGCUGGUUCAGUAGUGGGUUCUAUGAUCUUCACGAAAUACAUGAAGGGCUACUAUGACAUUUCCAACCUCGACAGCUACGACAACGUCGACCCGUCACGGGCAGCAGGGAAGCAGCUGCUUGAUGCGGGUCGUGUGAUUUUCGUGAAGGGUUCAACUUUGCAGCUGAAGCAUGCCAUGGCGCACCAGAACUCUUCCAUGAAAAUGUAUUGUGUGGUGCCCAUCAUUGCUGCCGCUGAUCAGCCACUCCCUGCGACGUACGAUCUGUGGGCCGCGGGAACUGAUUGUUGCUCUGAUGGCGGCAGCAACUUCACCUGUGGAGCUUCACACUCCUCAGGAGCACGAGGUGGCCUUCGGUUACUAAGCCGGGAGGAGGACUACAAUUUUAGGCUCGCCGUGGAGGAUGCAGAAUUUAUGUACCAUCUGCGCUCCGUUCACCCGCUCUUUUUUGAGUGGACGGUCGAUCCUAUCAAAGAGAUCACCGCAAGGAAGGAUGCUGCGUUCUGGGUAUAUUUUGCGAGCAACCUGAUGUUUCUUCUUUGUGCCUUCUUCCUGGUGGUCAUGGGCUAUGCCUGUUUCCAGCUGGCGACGUCACUGGCCGGUUGUGAUUUGCAUGGCAAGGAGCUGGUCGACUCGGAGGAGGUGGAGCUGAGUCCGUGGGAGGAAAGCAGCACCAGCUCGGAGCCUGUAGCCAGGACUCGAUCAGAAUCGGGCAGCGAAACUCUUGGCUCGCUCAUGCAUGCACUGCAGAACGCCUCACCAGAGGAGAGACGUAAAGCCGUCGCAGACAUCUCCCAGGAACGCUUCAUGCAGCUUAUCAGCAGCAUGCCGGAGGAAGACGAGGAAGUUGACCUGCAAGGUGUGGUCAGCUCUGUCGAUGGCCCGGACGGCACCUGGAUCGAUCAAAACACUGUGGACAUGACAGAAAGCCACCCGUCUAGUCUGCGACGUCAGAGCGCUGCCUCGCCCAAUGAAUGUUCAGCGCUGUGUCUUUCUUCCUGCAAGCCCAGCGAGCCCAGAAACACGAAGCCGCUUGGCCAGUUGCAAGUGGACGGAGAGCUUCCAGCGCAUGAAAGCACACACGUGCUUCUGCGAUUGCCUCCAAGGAGCCGUGCACACAGUGCUGCGGCAGAGCUUUCAAAUGCGUGGGAGAGAUGUUUGGGUAAACCCCACCGUGAAGGAGUUGGGACCUUGAAAGAUUCCGGAGUUGAUGGCGAGGCCAUUUCGGCAUGGCUGGGUGGUGAAACUUCCAGCACCAUGUGCUGUGCUAGGAUACUGGAAGCUACCGUGCGAGGCCGCGAGCGCAUGCUGCAAGCAUUCAAGGGAGGAUCGUUUCGAUGGAUGGAUGCAGCUGGGCGGCUGGAUGAGCCGCUACUGGCCGAAGAUACACCGCCUUUCAGCCUGACGAGCAACGCGGUCUCUACUUUGCGACUGAUGCCGAAAAGAGCUCCUGCGCCUGUCCCAGAAUCCUUGCCCAACCAGAUGCCCAACCAGAUAUUUGCGAGAAUGGCAUGCGAAUGUGGUGGGCGCUUGCUGAAAGAGAUAGAUGGCCCGGAUGGUCACGCAGUCUUCGAUGCAACCUUGGAGCAUGCAAUGCGCCUCUUUGAAGCAAGCACCGGCUUGGACCAACAGAUAUCACGAAAGCAGCUCCCUUGCAGCAGACUCCCAUCUCGAGGAAACAGUUUCGAGGACUCCCCCCGAGCACUGCCGUUUAGGAGGUCAACCAGUGAUAUAGAGAAGAGGAUUCAUGAAGAUGAUGGCACAACCAUGGAUAUGGACUCCUUGCGGAAAGCCCUAGAGUUGGAAGGAUUUGCGAAACUCGAGGGUCCGGUCUUCGAAGCUUUAUGGCGCUCGCUCGGGAAGGAAUCUGUGGAUGUCCGCGCUUUCCACAGGGUUCUCCGGUUGCUAAAGUUGCACCUGCUUUGCGGCAGCCUGCCGGACAUUACAUCUGGAGAUCGAAUUCGUCCUCCUUUGGAGCCAGAGCGGGGCUUCGUCGGAGUCAUUGAUUGGAACCCAAGGACUGUGCGGGAGAAUUACUUCGAACGGACGGAUGAUUUGGAUAUAUUCCUCAGCCACAGGCAUCCUGCAAUGAAGAUGCGCUGGGUGCACUGCAGCGAUGUGGGCAAGGCCACAAUCCUCAGAUUAGCAGUGAAGUAUCAGCUUCACCCCCUGCCGGUGGAAGACACAAUGCAGUUGCAGCAGCAGUCCAUGCCUGUGAUGCGGAUUUACCACCACAACUUUUUCAUUAUCUUGCCAUUGCUGAGACUUACGACGCCAGCAAGAAAUGAGCUCGAAAGAUUCGAGCGAGCACGGCAUGAUCGAGACGGCGAUGAGACGUUGCCAAGGCGCGCAAGCAGCCGUUCCCUCGUCUUGGAUCCAGACAGCCAGGCUCCUUGUGAGGUGUGCAUUGAGCAGGGACGGGUGGCGCUUUUCGUGGCUGGCCCACCGAAGUUUGACACGGUGAUCAGCGUGCAGACAAAGUGGGUGACACAUCAGUCGGACGAUGGUACCAAUCAAUCUUCUGAAUCGCCACGUCUCAGCGAGAUAAGGUGCUGCAGACGAAGACGGCGCUUCGGUGGAAGAAGUGCGCGGACGUUUGCCAGACCGGACGAGGACAUGUCACGAAACAUGCGCACGGACAGCUUUUUUGCAGACUCUCCGGAGGCUUCACCGAGGCAAUCAGAUUGCGACAUAGACGAUGCCGAGCUGGGGGUCUCGGGUGUCCGGGCGCGGGAUAACGAUGCGACGGAGGCUUUCGAUGCUAUUGCGGAGGAAAUCAAGCAGGACUGCUCAGUUCUUCGCUCAGGCAAUGCACCCUGGCUUUUGUGGCGCGUGGUCGAUGUUAUCGUCGAUGACAUGCAACCGAUCUUGGCUGCAUUUCGUGCGAGAUUGCAGUGGUUCACAGCCCACAUUGCACGGCGCCGUGCCAAAUCAGACAACGAUGUCGAAAAGAAGCUGCUUUGGACGCGGGUUGAGUUGGAAUGGGUGCAGCGGAAGGUUCGUCCGAUCAGUCGUGUUGUCCGGCAGAUGAUCCACGACAAGACGAUUGUAGGGGAUGUCACCCAGUACUUGGAGGAUGUCGAGGACCACCUGGAAACAUACAUCGAAGAGCUCAGUCGAAGCAUCGGGGUGUGCGACUCUUUGAGGGACCAGGUUCGGAGCUUCCGCGACCGCGAGCAGCAGGGCGUGGUCUAUGUUCUUGCCCUGGUCACCACGAUGACAACCCCAUUGCAGCUGCUUGCAUCAAUGUAUGGCAUGAACUUCAUUGACGACAGCGGGAAGCCCGUUGUACCAGGACUUGGCAGGCUGGAAAAGCAGCGCGGAUACUGCUUGUUUUGGGGUUUGGGCGUCGCGAUCGUAUCUGCAAUCUACAUCAGUUUUCGCUAUGUGUUGAAAUGGAUGUAG